AUGGCAGCAGAGGACAUAAGCUGUUUGAAGCCUAUAAGGGACACCCACGUAUCCAUGUCCAAGGGUAGCCUCAAGGCCACAAAGGAAACUAAAGCAGUAGUCACAGACAUUGGCAUGGGUCACUUCAGGUGUGGCUUUGCAGGGUACCCAUGGCCUUCCUACAUUUUUUCAUCUACAGUAGGUAAGCCCACACAGAAGAGUGGGAGCAAUCAAAAAGAAACCUUUGUUGGAAGAAAGCUUCAGAAUAGCAGCGUACCCUCAACACUCAUCAACCCAGUAAGACGUGGCAUAGUGGUGGACUGGAACUGUGUCCAAGGUUCUUUGGAGUAUAUUUUCCAGACGGAGAUGCAGAUUCAGCUGGAGAACCAUGUUGUUCUGAUAUCAAUGCCUCCCCUGUGUUCCCUCACUGACAAGGAGAGAUAUGCUGAGAUGAUGUUUGAAGGACUUCAUGUGCCUGCUGUCCACAUUGCCUACCAGUCCCAUUUAUCCAUGCAUUCUUAUGGAAAAACCUCAGCUCUUGUGGUGGAAAGUGGCCACGGCGCUUCGCAUGUGGUUCCCAUCUACGAAGGUUACAUUAUACGUAGCAUCACUAGGAGAGCAGAUUAUGCUGGCUUGGACGUCACUCAUUAUCUCAUGAAGUUACUAAAUGAGUUUGGAAAUAUGUUCACAGGCCACCAGCUAAACAUUGUACAAGAUCUCAAAGAGAGGUGUUGUUACACUUUGGACCUUACGCAGGAUUUUAGCUUGCCUGUUCAGAAAUAACAAAUGGAUUAUGAGCUGCUGGAUGGACACCUCAUCGCUGUAGGCAAGGAGAGAUUCCUUUGUGCUGAAGCGCUCUCCCAACCAGCCUUACUUGGCUCAUAGCAGCCCGGGCUUUUGCAGCUGAUGCUCACCUGUCUCAAGAAGUGUGAUGCUGACAACCGCAAAACAAUGGUGGGGAAUAUCCUGCUGUUCGGGGACAGCACUAUGAUGGAGGGCUUUGCCAACCGCUUCUAGAUGGAACUGGCCAGGAUGUGCCCCAGGGACAACCUCAUCACAGCUGUGUCCCCUCAAAGAAAGUCUUCUGUCUGGAUUGGUGGGUCUAUCCUGGCUCAGGAGCUCUGGGUUUACAGAAGUGAAUAUGAAGAACAUGGUCCUUCCUGUAUUUUUAAGAAGUGCUUCUAA